AUGCCAGCGUUGCCCGCAAAGAUUGGAAACGGGGGUCUGGUCGUCCCCCAACCUAUGCGAGAUCUUAUAGACAUCCCUGGACGGCUCCAGAUUGAGCAGGGAGGUCAAGCUUUGCGCACCCUCUACCAGAGGAACUCUAUUGGCUUUCAGUACAAGCUACUCAACGAUUUUGCUCAGAAAUGUUUUCUUGGAGACUUUAAAGGAGUAAGACGGAUGGUAGAGGGAGGGAAGGCCCCGCCACUUGACGGAACCGAGACUCCGUACGAGUAUGGCUAUGCCAUGCUCGUCGUUAGCGGCGGCCAACGCAUGAUCGGUGGUCCUUCAGGCGUGAAGGUGGACCACAAAGCGACGCUGCGGUACCUCCUCGAGCACGGCGCUCCACCGGACGUUCCUGACAUCGUCGGCUACACAGCAUUGCACCACGUCUGCAUGGCACACUCUCGCCCUGACCUCGCACGGAUCCUUCUAGAGCAUGGCGCAGACCCGAACUCACAGGACAAGUUCGGCAGUGUGCCUCUGAUGGGCGCGUUCCAAAACAACUCGGUGGAUGCCGUCGAAGUUCUCUUGGAGUUCGGGGCGAAGCUCGAGAUCGAAGAUGCCGACGGAUGUACUCCAGACCAGUUCUACAUCAAGUGCGGCCCGACUAUCACCGCCGCGGUACAGAAGUGGAAGCGGAAACGAUCCGGGGAGAGCACGGCAAUGGACGAGAAACGGUGUGCGGCGUGCGGGUCGAGUGCGGGCACACUGAAGUUCUGUAACGCGUGCCACGCCAUCAGGUAUUGCUCGAAACAAUGCCAGAGAUCACAUUGGUCUCUACAUAAGACUCGCUGUAUACCUUUCAGUGCAGAUUCGACCGUCACGCUGACCCCAUUCUACGAAGACAUCGGGCCUGUCAUGUCUCUCGCUGACGUCGCUCGCUCCGCGUUCGGCUUCCCUGUGGAGAAGCAGCCCGCGCGAAAUGCCCGCUCUGUGCAGAUCCCGUAUAUCCGCCCAGGAGAGACGAAGAAGAUCAUCAUCAAGGUGCAAGUCCCGUUCAGCCUCGAGACUGGAGGUCCAACAAAGGAGGAGCUCGGCGAUCUCAUGGUGUACGACAAGAGGAGAAACUUCGUUUGCCGGAUCAGAAGAGCGGACGGGGAGGACGGGUACUUGAAGCUCUCCCGGAGCGUCCGGGCGUAUGGUGUUGCCGGCGCCAAGGCCUACUUCCCGGCGGAACUCAAGUCCAAGGACGAGCUCAUCGUUAAGUAUAAGGAAGUUUUAGGAGAGCAGCCUUUCUGA